UCGUCAGAGAGGCAAAAAUGAUCACAAGCAUUUGAACAAAUGACAAAGGAAAAAUUACUGUUAUUUGAUUCUGCCUUUUGCUACUUUUAACUCCAAGUUUUUUUGCUUGUUUGCGCAUUCCUUGUGACUCACGAAGAGAGCUGUUCAAGAUCAACCUGUGGACAGCAUUGCACUAGCAAUUCAGUUUUCAUCCUGAAUAGAACACUCAUCAAUCAGAUUAAAUGGGUGAACCAAAAAUUGUACUUUUUCCCUUUUCCAUUGUUGUGACACCUUGAAACAGCCAAUGGAUAAUUCAAGGAAAAAAAGUUAUCACAAGAAAAAUAUUUUUCACUCCCAGCUUUAAUAGUGUUUUCCAAGUUUUUCGUUAUUCAUUCUUCGUCAGCAGAUUCGCGACAAGAAAAGUGAUUAAUAAAAUGUUUCAACAUCGUCUAGAUUUUGUUUCAUCGGUUACCACAAGCCAAUGUCCAUGACUUUUGAUAACGUUUUCAUUUCAUUCCCUGGAGAGAUAACAAUUGUCAGCAUCCUGAUUAUAUCCUUGGAUAGGUUCUGAUAAAGUUGAUAAAAAACAACAAAAGUACAAAAAGAAAACAUUGUCAUUGCAACUUGGAUUCCAAAGGGAAAAUUCUGUCAACUGAAUCCAUCUUUGUAACAAACCAAUUUUUUUCUCUUCUUUUUCUGUUUUUUUACUCUUUUUCAAUCUUUUUUUCUUCUUCUACAUUUGUGUCCAACGAAUCCAUUCUUGUGUUUCUACCUCAUCAUCAUCACCAUUGUGCAACCUUGUUUCUUCUCACCUUUUUGGUGUUUCAUCCUUUUCUUGUUUUGCUGUUGUUACUAGUUUUUUUUAUUUAUAUUCAAUUCUGCCAAUGGAAUUUUGUUUACCAUGAAAAAUUCUUCCAGUAUAUUGGACCAUCGAAACUUGGACAACCUAUUGGUCUCUCGCAACCUCAAUGCUUCACAGUUUCCUUCAGGUUCAGUUAACCUUUCAACUGGACCAUUGGAUAGUACAUCAACUUGGUGGCGUUCAACCUUUUUCCCUGAUGAUUAUGUUCCUGAAGAUAUUGAACCCCGUGACAUGAUAACUCGAAUCAUUGGUGUCAUCAUUGGAUGCCUAAUAAUUGUGGGAACACUUUUUGGCAAUAUUCUUGUAAUAAUGGUUGUUCAUAAAUAUCGUCGUAUGAAAUCAAUAACCAACAUUUUACUUGCCAGUCUGGCUUCAGCAGACAUAACCGUUGCCAUUCUUGUGAUGCCAUUUCUGUUGGUUUAUGAUUACCUACGAUUCUGGCCAUUCCGAUCGAUUCCGUGUCAUUUUUGGAUCUCCUGUGAUGUAAUGUGUUGUACAUCUUCAAUCCUUCAUUUAUGUGCCAUUGCACUAGACAGAUAUUGUGCCAUAACUAAUCCUCUUCGUUAUAAGACUUCAGUGAACAGACGAAAUCUUUAUUGUAAUAUAAUGGUUAUCUGGGUGAGCAGCAUAACCAUUUCAUUUGUUCCAAUAUUCAGUGGUUGGUAUCAUGCUGGAAGCAUUGACAACAUCUUAACAUUUGACCAUCUUCCUGACUGUGAACUUAAGGUAAACCGUGUCUAUGCCAUUGUGUCUUCAAGCAUUUCAUUUUAUGUACCACUGAUUGUUAUGUUUUACGUUUACAUGAGAAUAUUAAUAAUUGCUGAGGAACAAUCACGCCAGAUAAAGCAAGUCGAGUAUACAUUAAAGGAAAGUUCAUCCAUGGGUUCAACUUACACUUCGACAAGUGGAAGCCGUGAUUCAGGUGAUUUACUGGAUUCGGGUAAACGAUUGAAAAGGAAAACCAAACAAUUGCUGGUUGAAACGAAAGCCAUUCGAACCCUUGGCAUCAUCAUGGGCGUCUUUUGUGCUUGCUGGCUUCCCUUCUUCAUCUAUUAUCUCAUUGAAGCCUACUGUGACUCUUGUCAAACACCUUAUGAAGUAAAGACGGGAAUCCAAUGGUUGGGUUACCUCAACUCUUCCCUCAAUCCCUUGAUUUACGCUUUUUGUAAUCAAGACUUUAAGAAUGCCUUUCGUCAAAUACUCUUCAAUACUCCAAGUUACCUGAUUACCUCGGAUACUUGCCAUGAUGAAACGAGUAGCUCAACAAAGUCCCAAGUUCAUGGUAGGUUUGAUAAACAGUGUGAGGUUGUUGCGUUAAGGGACGUCUCGAGAUUGUCAAGUGGACCAAGUGGCCAUUGGAUAAGCAGGUCACAAAGUAGAUCAACUUUUAAUGAUAGAUCAUCUACUCGACUGUCGAUUAAAUUUUGAAAACAGCCUUUUUCGCUGUUGACCUUUUUUUUCUCGCUUGCAUUUGUUACUCUUGUUCAUUCAAAUUAUCAGAGCUAUAAGAGUUGAUAUAUCAAUAAUAUUAAAGAUAACUUUCUAAUAAAUUGAAGUGAAAUGUUCAAUGAACAUGAACCAA